CAUCUAGAUUGGUUCCUUUCAGCUGAGUGGUGUCUUGGUCACCUUCUCUGUAAUUCUUGAUGACGUAUUUACUCUACCAUGUGUUGAACAUAGGUUUGUGCUCUGUGUAUUGUUAGUUUUGGGAAAUGGCGGAGUAUUUAGCAUCUAUUUUUGGAACUGAGAAAGAUAAAGUCAAUUGCUCAUUUUAUUUUAAAAUUGGAGCAUGUCGUCAUGGGGACAGAUGUUCUCGGUUACACAACAGGCCAACAUUUAGUCAGACCAUUGCCCUCAUGAACAUUUACCGUAACCCUCAACACUCUACCCAGUCUUCUGAUGGUUUGCGCUCAGGUGCAGUAAGUGAUGUUGAAAUGCAGGAACACUAUGAUGAAUUUUUUGAGGAAGUCUUCACAGAAAUGGAAGAAAAGUAUGGUGAAGUAGAAGAAAUGAAUGUAUGUGAUAAUUUGGGAGAUCAUCUAGUUGGAAAUGUAUAUGUAAAGUUUCGACGUGAAGAAGACGCUGAAAGGGCGGUGAUAGAUUUGAAUAAUCGUUGGUUUAAUGGUCAGCCAAUUCAUGCAGAACUCUCACCAGUAACAGAUUUCAGAGAAGCUUGCUGUAGGCAAUAUGAAAUGGGGAGAACCUAUGCUGUUCAGUCAAGGGAUCGUUGUGCAUCUGUAACUGGCAAAGUAAAGUGGAGAGUGCACACGCGGUGGUUUCUGCAAUUUUAUGCAUCUGAAGCCAAUCUCCAGAGAACUGCGACGUGAGUUGUAUGGUCGUAAACGAAAGAAGCAUAAAUCCCGGUCCAAAUCUAGAGAACGCCGUUCCAGAUCAAGAGAACGUGAAAGAAGAAGGUCUCGGGAUCGGGAACGAUCUGGCCGAUUCUGAUGCGUUUUGGUUAUUGUGCUCCUGCUGAAGAACACUUCAGCUCUCGCUUGAUCAAAUAAGUUCAGAAAAUUGUUACUUUUUUAAAGAUGGUGUCUUAAAAUAAACAUUUGUAGUUAUCUAAGAAUCCUUGUGUAUUUCUUCGCAAUAACAUUUUGUGCUCUUUUUUGAGUUUUGAAAGGUUAAUUUUUAAUUAAUGUAGAGAACAGGACAGAAUUUGAAGUGCUUAAUAUGAAACACAGAUGUAUUAAAAAUAUCUACUCCUGUAUUUUAAGUGAAAGAAAGGCCAGAUACUAUUCGUUUUCAUCCAUGCCCUUAACUAAAUUAUUUUUUCACACAUUUGAGACACCUUUCACGGAUGUAUUGCACACUAAGAAUGAGGAAUAAAAAUGUGCAUGUUUUCUCUGGCAAAACAUCCUUGUUCUGUAUUUAACCUAGCAUUUGUUUCUGUUGAUUCAGUUGUGCUGUUAAGAUUUAUCUGAAUAGCUGUACAAGGCUGCAUACUAUGAAUAUUUCAAAAAAUGAUUGUUUUUAUUAUGUUUGCUGUCAUUAGUGUCUGAAAACAAGGUGUAAAUAUACAUGAUUAAUUUUA